UGUUAGUCCUACUACUCCCUCGACUUUCUCUGUGGCCAGUUCAGCAGUGAGCUGUGAGACUACAUCUCGUCACAACGGCAGCAGAAGGACAGUGUCCUGAUAGAGAAUGGACACAGAGCACAAACAGAACGGAGAGGACGUAGCUCUGAAUAAACUGGACGACAUAGAGGCACCGACAGCCCCCUCUGAAAAAGUGUAUCGCCCCAUCAACAUAAAUCACUACGCCACUAAGAAGACUGUGGCUCAGAGCAUGCUGGACAUUUCCUUGCUGAUGGCCAACUCGUCCCAGCUGAAGACCGUUCUCUGUGUGGGGCCUCAUUACCGUUACUACAUCCCCCUCAUUGUCCUGCUGUCUCUGUCCAUCUCGUUUCAGGUCAUGGUGGGGCUGCUGCUCAUCUUUAUUGUGAAGUAUGAUCUGAACAACGUCAGGAAACACAGCAAGUUGAACACAAUGAACAACAUAGCAACAGUCUUUGUCUUCGUCACCGUCCUCAUCAACGUCUUCAUCACAGCACUUGGAUUUGAGAGAAAUAAUGACAGGUCAUUCGUGUCACCUGUGAUAUCAGCGCCUCAGCUAUCCCCUGUGCCCACCGGCUUUAACGUGACUGGUAGCAUUUAGACCAGUCUUCGGACCAAAAUAUAAGACACUUCCUUGUUCUCUGUUAUCACAAAGCCUCGGUGGGACAGCUGCCUUUGUGUAACUGCUGUAUCAGCUCCCUGUUCAAAUUAUGACUUGUGUGAGCAAAGAUUCACCAGCUGGAACAACAAUUCCUGACUGGCUCUAGCACCACGUUAGUGCUGAGAGGCUUUUGUGGAUCCAGACUGAGACCCAGAUAAGGAUCGCCAAGUAAAACCUCAUCCUCAGUGACCCAUCGACCACGACCUCAACUCAGGAUCACAGCUGUUAAAUUGAACUCGACCAGCUGAAAACCUCAGUUUGAAAACAUGACCACUGCCUCAUCUUCCCUCGAGUAGAUGCCAAGAGGCUCUGCUGCGGCGUGCUGUCCGCUGACCUUGGCAGUGUUGAGCUAAUCUGUUACCAAAUGUGCAGAAUGAGCUUUUUUUUUUUUUUGCCAACCUGUUUAAAGCUUCUAUCUUGUAAACAUAACACUGAUAUUGUUUUUGUUCAAAUGUUAGAUUGAUGGAAUUAUGCUUACUUACAGUUUUGUAACUGACUAAAUAAAUAAAUAAAUUAUGUCAGUAGAGAAUUUGACAGAAUUAAUAUUUAACUCUUUCACCUCAUAUUAACAUUUUUGAAUCCUUUAGGAAUUCCCUCCUCUCAAAUGUCACAUUUUACAGAAAGAUCAAACACUCUAGUGCAAUGUCUUAAGAGCUGGAGACCCGAUUUCAUUUUUUUAUUAACACAUAUAGACAACAGCCUUUGGUUUUUGAUUGGACAUGACGAGGAGGGCAGCUUGGAAAUAUGAAAGACAGCCUCAGUUCACAAGUCUGUUGUGCUAUCUUCAUGUAUAUCUCACAAAUAAGAACAAAUCACGU